GCCACAGCUCCUUCGAGUCUAGCUCAAGCGCCACUUUCUUCCAAGAAGUUUUCAGCUGCUACAAACACUAAGAAUAUCAAGCCUCCACCCAAGAUGGACAAGAAGUUACGGAAAAGGUUCGCUUUCCGUAACUUCAAGGCAGAAAAGGACUCGAAACAUGGAGUCUACACGACAUGGGAACUACCAGACUUCCACGUGCCAGGGACCUAUAAAGUGUCCAUUAAUUAAGGCGAACCAUAAGAGUCCAUCUUCAGAAGCAUCUUAGCGGGUUAGUCUUUCAACAAGAAGUCCUGUACAGCUGCUCCAAGUAGAUGCUCGUUAUAUUAUGAUGGAUGUAGUCAGUGCUCGAAUUUGAAGCCUUUAGCUGUGCCGGAUGGGGAGAAUCCUUAGAUACGGAGAUCACCUUCGGCGACCGCGCUACAAUGGCCGCACCAAAACGCAGUGGGCUGAUGCCGAUUUUAGAGUACGUGGGGAACUUAGGUAGUAGCGCAAAAACGAAAAGUGCUGACAAGGCAGCUGAAGCUGUGAAGGAGAGGAAGGCAGAUGAAGAUCUUGUUACUACUACAUCAGGUAGUUCUUCCAAGGCGAAAAAUAAAGCUGCACUUCAGUCCUCUAGUUCUCAAGAAGACAUG